GUAGGUACAUACAUAAAUACAAUAUAUACCUUAUUAGUAAAUAAUGUAGUGAAUGCCAUGAUUUAUAACUCCGUACAUUUUCAAUAAAUUCCUAAUAGGUGGGGAUAUUUUCAUGGUGAAAAGGAAAUGCUGUAGGACCUGCAAAGUAUUAUUGUAAAAUAACUAAAAAAGUCGUGUCAAGUAUACUUAUUGUGUAUGUAAAAGUGGACCCAACUGUCAGAUGACAUUCUGAACUCUUAUGUAUUUGUAUACAGUUGACAAUGGUUGUUUCCAAACUUAUACAUAAUUUUGUAAUGAAUUAUUUUUUUUGUACCUAUACUACAUAAAAAUAUUUUUUAUUAUAAUUGAGGUUAAACGAACAUAGUUAAGAUUUUAAUUUUUCUGUGCCUAAUAUAAUUCUCAGUUGUAAAACAUUAAAGUGGAUAGUAAUCUAUGAAUUUAGGCGUGUUUAACAGAGUUAAUCUUAAGGAUUCCCAAGGAGGAAUGUAUUCCGAAUGGGCUUCUCUAAGUGUUUUAAUUCAGCAAGGCUCAGAAGAAAGCCAAAGUGUGCUAGAGAAAUUUUCACCUGGAGCAGGAAAAGAAGUUGCAUUGUCUAUUGUACGUCAACUUGCUGCAAAUCUUGGUAUUACACAAGCAGCUGAGCCAAGUCCAUUAUGUACAGAUAAAGAAGUACAAUGGUGUAUGGAAGUGAUAUGUUUUGGAUUAUCAUUACCACUAGCUGAACAUGAUACUGUCAGAGAUUGUGUUAAUGUAUAUUGUGAAUGGUUAUCUGCAUUAUAUUCCACACCAAAGAUUUGUGUACCCAAACCAAUUAUAGAUGAUCCUAAUUUUUAUGCAAGAAAAAUAAUAAGUCAUUUUCAUAAUUUAUUUGUUCCACGAAAAGGAGAAGUUUGGCCAUUUUUAUAUCAGGAUCUAGGGACAGAUACAAUUAAUAGACAAGCUGUUUUAUGCCAUAGAGUGCUUAGAACAUUACAGCAAAUUGCAAGAGGCCCUGCUACCUUAGAAAGGGAAACUUGGGAAAGCUUGUUACUAUUUCUUAUUGGUAUUAAUGAUGCACUGUUAGCUCCACCAGCAACAAGGGAAGAUGCUGGAGAGCAAUUGUGUGAAAGAGUUCUAGGUGUAUUAUUAGAGGUAUGGUUGGUGGCGUGUGAACGUAAUUUUCCUUCACCACCAUUAUGGCGCACAUUAAGGGAGUCUUGUUUGCGUUGGAGACACAGAUUAGCAUUAGUAGAACAAUGGAAUCGUGUCUGCCUUGCUCUUACAGCAAGACUUUUGCAAAUCAUGUAUGGCCCAAUGUUUCCAGAACUAAAAAUAAGCGAAGAAGAUUCUCAACUUGUACCACCUACAAUGUCAGAUGAAGCAGUAGCACAAGCUUGGUACAGACUUUUACGAACUAUAGGCGAUCCAGUUGAUUUAUGCAGACCUGCUGUUAUUUCACAGACACAAGCAUUUUUACAAUAUGCUAUUGCUAGCCCAAAUGUAAUAGAUCCAUGUCAACAUCCAUGUUUGCAAAGCUUACCACAAAUAUUUUUGAAAGCCAUAAAAGGUAUAGCUGGACAGAUUGACGCUUUUCUUGUCACAAAUGUUUUAGGAGUUUCACAGGCAUGUUGCUGGGAAGAGUGUUGUGUAUCUACAAUCACAUCUGGAUCUGCUAGCACUGGAAGUGGAGGUAUGGGGUGGGAUAAAGCAAGUAAUAAGGAUCUGACACAACCUUCUCCUACACCUCCAACACAGCGCAGACUUGCCAAAAGUUUCAGUGUUACACCUUCUGCAGUAACUAAGGGAAUUCCGAAAGCUUCCUUAAUUGGUUUAACAACGAGUCGUGUUUCAAGUACACCACCUAUGUUAAUGUCUAAUUCAGGACCAUCAUCAGCUUCGAGUACCACAUCUAUGACCUCUCUAGUUCAAGAUAUUAGACCUCCUUUAGCUCCAGGACGUCCAAAAUGUAAUAGUAUAUUGCAUCUUUUUGGAGAAUGGUUAUUUGAGGCUGCAUUUAUAGGUACUGAUGGAUGGUCACAAAAUUUGCCUCAACCGUCAGGUGCAACGAAACGCCCGUCUUCCGUACUUGUUGACGGGCCUAGUUCGUUACAAGAAAAUGUUAACGAUGUACCGCCAGCUCUUUGUAUAGAUCGCUACGAAGCUGGAAGAGCAGAAGCUUUAGGUGCAUUAUGUAGAAUUUUCUGUGCUAAAAAAACUGGCGAAGAGAUUUUCCCUGUCUAUCUAGCUAGAUUUUAUCAAGCAAUGAAUCAUGGUCUUAAAGUUGAUGAAUCUCGGGAAUGUGGCGAAACAUUAUCAAGCAUUAUUUUAAAUUCUGCAGAUUUAUUUCGUUUAGAUUUAAAUGGCGUACUGGUACUGGUACCAGCAAUGAUUUCGGCACUUGAAACUGUACUUCCAGAAAAAGAUUUAAAACUGAAAUCUAAUGUGGUAUCAAAACCAGAUUUGCGAAGAGCCUCCAUACAUUUAUUAAUAUCAAUGCUAGCAUUACCUUUACACUUCCAAAAUCUCACUAUUAAAGAACUUCCAACAUUUGCAAAUUCGGUAAUCACGGAAAAGAAUCAUGUAACAUUUGCACAACUAAAAUCAAGACUUAUGAAUUUGCUUAUAAAUGCAUUACAAGUUGAAACUGAUCCUCAGAAUACUCAUAUGUUAUUAGGAGCCCUUUUAUUAAGUGUACAAGAUUCUGCAGCAGCAGAAGAAGUUGAACAAGUUACACAACCUGAUACUAUGGCACAUGAUUCUGCUGUUAACUUAUUGUCCUCAGUCACCAGCGAUUCAGCCAGUCAAAUAAGUAUAUCCAGUGAUCAACGCUCGCUCGGCGAAACCUCUGAUAUUACAACUCUUCAAGAGGAAUGUGUUGCAUUUGAUUCAGCUCAUGCUCUUUUUGUAAGAGCAACAUACUUAGUUUGCCACAGAUUAAUAUCGUCAUGGAAAACAGAUCUGAAUAUUUCUUUAGCAGCUCUUGAAAUAUUAUCAGGAUUAGCAAGAACACGUAUUCGUGAAACAGCAAGGAAACUAACAGAUGCCCUAGAAUGUAAACGUGCCGUAAAAUGGUUGUGUGAUUAUAUUGCAUAUCAGUGUUGGCGUCCACCGCCGGCUCAUUCGAAAGAUCUCCAUUCCUCUAUUGUUGCUGCCUUUAGUUGCUUAACAACUUGGUUAACUGCUCAUCCUCAAUUACUACAAGACAAGGAUUGUUUAACUACAGUUUUAGAGGUAGUUGAACUUGGUGUGUCAGGAACCAAAAGUGUAGGCAAACCCGGUGAACCUAUUAAAAUGAAAGAUGAGAAAGAAUUAAAACCAGCAUCUAUGCGUGUUAGAGAUGCUGCUGAUGCACUUCUUACAGUCAUUCUAGAACAAGUUGGUUAUUUUCCCAGUGCAUGUGGAGCACAAUCAUUGUCAUCAUUAUUAGAUGAAGUGUCACUUCUUCGUCAUUGCAAUAGUUGGACUGGUGGUCGAGUGCCCCGUCAAGCGGCAGUUGAAAGAUUUCGUUAUUUCGUUGCCGAGAAUGCUACUAUUUUAGCUUUAUUAGAAGAGCCUCUUGGAAACGAUCAAGACCCACAACCUACUGUAACAGUAUUAAUACGCGGUCCAUUUGGUAGACAUGCAUGGACAUUACAACUUCGACAUUUACCAAGGCACAGAUCUAGUAUAAGAAGUGUUAAUACAAAUCCAGGUCGACCACUGCCGUUAGCAGAAGCUGCACCACGUACGGAUUACAAACCUAGAUUCUUUCCUGAUAAUGUGGACCGAAUUCCUCAUUGUAAAGUGGAUGAAUCUAUACCGAGUCUUGAGGCAGUCAUGAAUGAUAAUGACGUGAUAAGAAGUGAACAUCAAAUUUUAUCACAGUUAUUGGAACGUCAAAUGAAUAUUGAAACGAAAUAUUGUGAUGGAUAUGAUAAAGUUCCAGAUGAAAAACCGGACGAAUGUGUACCACCUCAAAUAUGUCACGAAUUUCAAACAGCUCGUCUUUUUUUAAGUCAUUUUGGUUUUCUAAACAUGGAACCCAAAGAAAAUGAUGAGUCCAGAAAUGGUAGUCUUACAGCCUUGGAUCCUACCAUUCCAGGAUUUUCUUUAGAUUUAGAAACUUUAGAUAAUAUUAGUCCAAGAACAUGUGACACUGUAUAUAUCUUUUAUGUGAAAGCUGGUCAAAAAAGCUCUACAGAAAUAUUAUCUAAUGUGUUACAUGAAGCGAAUGUGUCAACCAAUUUUUUGGAAUUUUUAAAUUCUCUUGGAUGGCCUGUUUCUGUAUCAGUACAUGCAGGCUGGACUGGUCAUGUUUCCACUUCAUGGAGGGUGACACCACAGUUAAAUGUUCCACAACCAGCUCAUUCUGAUCAUGGUGGGGCACUUUAUAAUGGAGAUACUCACGUACUUUAUUGGGCAGAUGUUAGCUCUGAAAUCGCUUUUGUUGUACCAACUCAAUCAAACAAUAUGCUGAGUUCAGACUCUUUAGAAGAAACAAGUUUUGGUAGUGAUAUUAGUACUAAUCAAGUUUGGUUCGAAAGAAGCAUCAGUGAAAGUACUAGCUCCCGAAAUUGUGGAACGGGGCAAAACACAGUACAAAAUUCACGAGCGAUGUCGCUUGAUUUAGAAAAGCAACCACCCAGUUUAACAGGAUCUAAUCCUUCUAAUUCUUCUAGUGCAGAUCCAGUUAAACCAAGAAGAGCAACCAAACAAGUUUUACCUGUACAAACCGAUAUCAAAAUUAUGGUUGUUUGGCUAGAAAGCUUAGAAGAUUAUGCUCAAUUUCCAAUUGGUGAUCUUCUCCCUUGUACCUAUACUGGCCUUGAACAGUCUAGAGUAAUACAAGCAUCAGAUGUUCAAGUAAUUUUCAUUCAAGCACUUAGUAGUGGAUUAAUGAGAGUCAGAUUACAAGGUCCAGUUUCUAGAAUUAAUUUAGCUACUCCUUUAAUUGAUGGUAUGGUCGUGUCGAGACGGGUAUUGGGAACACUUGUCAGACAAACAGCAUUGAAUAUGGGACGUAGAAAACGACUUGAUAAUGACAGUUAUCAUCCACCACAUGUUCGUAGACGGUUAAAAAUUCAAGAAAUGGUACAGAAAUAUAGAAAAAAUUUAACUGAUCCAGAAUUAUUAACACUAUUAUUUAGUAGCACACAAACUUAUCAAGUUUAGCACAAUUAAAAUUAAAUAAAUGAUAUGUUAAGUUGCAUAUAUUAUAUUUAAUAUUUUCAUAUUUUGUAAUUUAAAUAGAUAAUAUAUAAUACUUUAAAUAAAAUUUUAACAAGUGUAAUGUGAAUAUCAAUAUAUAAUAACAAAAUAUUAUCAACAAUCAAAAAUGUAAGUUAUACUCAAACAUUGUUUGAAAUUAUUUAAAGUAUACAUCAGUUUAUUGAACAUAAAGAAACUUAUCACUGUGAAAGAAAAUAACUGUGCUAAGAAGAAUGGGCUAAUACAAUACAAUGUAAUUACAUAAGA